ACAACGGAGCGACAUCAAAGAUGGCGGGAGCCUCCGACCCACUGGAGGACAUGCUCUUCACGGAGGUGGAUGAAAAAGCCGUCAGCGACCUGGUCGGUUCGCUCGAGUCUCAGCUGGGCGACAGAAAGACUCCCGCCGCUUCGCUUUCCGAUGGGAACCGGGAGGCAGCUCCGGCGGCCGCGGCUCAGUUCUCAGGGAAAGUGCGCGAUCAAGUGGGGUCUGCUGAGCCGCAACAAGGGCAUCCGAAAGCAGGGUUAACCCAGGAACCCGGCGCCAACGAGCCGCUCUCCGGUCCGAGCCUCUCCUCCUCUACCUCCUCCGUCGCUGCCGGAGCCGUGAUCACCACCGGAGCCGGGAUGCAAACUGUUGGAGCUGCUCCCCAGACUGCUUCCCCCGGACCGGGACCCGUAACUUUGCCCACUCCGCCCGCCGCCGCUGCUAGCUUCCACCGGGCGGCUGUCCUGGCUCCGAGCGCGGCUCCCAGCUCCUCCACCGUCCCACUGGCGGACGGUUCCCGGAGCGGAUCUCCCGCUCUGCUCAGUUUAAACGGAAACGGCGGAGCUGCAAAGUUGGUGAACUCGCCCGCGAUCCCGCCACCGGCCGGAGGCAGCACCGUGAUCAGUGCUGUCAGUGCCGGGGGGUCCGCGGUCAUCGCCCCCAUGACUUCUCAGCCCAGUUUCCCGGGACCGGCUCCCACCGUGGUCCUGCAGAGACACCCCGGCCCCGUGGCCAGCGUCACCCAGAACGGGAUGGACCCUAAGGUGGUGACCCAGGGUACCCCCCCAGCCUCCAGCUCUCAGGUGAUGAACCACAGCACCCCCCUGAUGCACACCAAGAUGCUGGUGCCCAGUCAGCCAGUGUCCGGAAACACCGUCAUCCUGACCAGCACCGCCUCUGCAGUCCAGUCCCCCAUCACCCAGACCGGGUCCAGUCCAGCUGCCAUCACCCUGACAGGGGUCAAACCUGCCAUGAACGGGCUGGCUCAGCCUGCGGUGGCUGUGGUGAGGCCUCCGGGCGGCCCGGUGGUGGCCACCUCCCUCCAGCAGCAGAGACCCGCUAUGGUGGCGAGCUCGACCCGGGCAGCUGCCCCUCUGGCUGUCCGGCCCCAGCAGCAGACCACCAUCCAGCUCCCCCCCGGCUUCAGCAUGCCUGCUGGUAUGGUUCUGGUGCGGACGGAGACGGGUCAGCUGGUCAUGGUCCCUCAGCAGGUCCUGGCUCAAGCUCAGGCCAAGACGCAACAGGCCCAGACGGUGGCCAACAUGACCCAGAGACCUGCCCCAACCACGGCUGGGGCCGCCAUCAGGGUCAGCACCACCACCACG